AUGAAAAAUCUUUUACAAACAAUGUCAAAUUUAGAAAAAUUAAAAAUUGAAAUGGAAUCAACUUAUAUUGAUGGUUAUCAAUGGAAAACGAUAAUUGAAAAUUAUUUACUAAAUUUAAUUAUUUUUCAAUUCAAAAUGUCAACACCAUUAUCUAAUCAAGAUAAUAAAGAAGACAAAAUUGAUGAAAUAUUAAAUUCAUUUUAUAGUCAAUUUUGGAUUGAAAAACAUCAAUGGUUUAUUCAAUGUUAUUGGAUAACAGCUGAUACAUCAUCAAUUGUUUAUGUAUAUACAUUACCAUAUGCAUUUCAAGAUUUUUUUUAUAUUGGUAAUGUUCGAUUAAAAUCAACAUGUCCUAAUAAUAAUCAAUGUUGGUCUUUUGAUUCUAUACAUAAUUUAUAUUAUGGACAUUUUCUAUCUCAAAAUUUGUCUUUAUCUCAUAUUCAUUUAGAUAAUAUUCAUUAUUUGGAUUUAACAAUACCAUUUGAUGAAUCAUUUUGUCAUUCAUUAAUUGGUCAACAAUGUAAAGUUCUUUUUAUUACUGUUAAACAACGAACAGAUAUAAUUGAUCUAAUUAAUAAUAUGAAAAAUCUUCAUGCAUUAAUUGUACAAUGUAAUAAGACAAUACCAAUGCAGAAAGAAAAUGAAAAUCUACUUGAUUGGUUACAACAACAUUUGCCAAUAACAUGUUUGAUUUCAAAUUCUAUAGAAAUUAGCAAUAAUAUUUGUUUGUGGAUUCGUUGA